AUGUCUGUGAUGCUGAGCUGUGUUCUCGAGGCACAAAACAAGCACCAUCUACGUCAGAGCACAUGUGCUAUCAGCGCUUAUCAGCCCAAAGAGGAAAGCACAGCAGAGCUCGGGAUCCCCUCAGCUCACUGGUCGGCGCCGCUCUCCCGCCUCUGGAUACUCUUUUACCGCAGUCGAGAAGAAGACACUCCUGCGAUUCAUGCCGCACACGAACGCCUUGGUCCGAUCAUCCGGAUUGCACCAGACGAGCUGAGCAUCAACAGCGUCGAUGGCGGCAUUCGUACGAUAUACGCUGGAGGCUACGAGAAAGGUGACUGGUACAGUAACAUGUUCACCAACUAUGGCGUCAUGCCCAUGUUCGCUAUGCCAAACCAUGGCCCUCACAGUAAGCGGAAGCGCAUGAUAAGCAAUAUCUACGCCAAGACGACGUUGCAGAACUCUCAGCCGCUUAACGUCAUCAGUAAGACUCUGCUAGACGAUCGGCUGAUACCUCGUCUUGGUGAUAUGGCGAAAGAUGGCAAGUCCGUCGAGUUCUACUGGAUAUUUGCUGCGGUGGCGAUGGACUUUGUUUCGGCGUAUGUAUUCGGCCUAGGGCAGAGCACGAAUUAUGUGCAGGCACCGAUUGAAGGCGACAAGUUUUUCCAGGACUACAAGGCUCGGCAGCGAUAUCAGUUCUGGCCGCAGGAUAUGCCCAGACUCACUUCCUUUCUCGGCAAGGUUGGACUUCAGUCCCUGAUCAUUCCUGCAUGGGUGAAUCGUGCGAAUCGCGAUAUUGAAGCGUUGAUACUGAGAAUGUGUGACAAAGCGGAGAAGGUGGUGCAGAACUGUGAGUGCCAGAAUGAAAAGCUUGAAGAAGGUAGUUGGCCGAACGUUUAUGCACAGCUUCGAAAUGCUCUACUCAAAGAGGCAAGCACGAAAGCUGAUCUCGAGGCCUUGUCAAGUGUCGAAGGGAUGGUUCAGAAGCAGCGAUUGACGGUGGCGAGCGAGAUGCUCGACCAUACUUUGGCUGGCUUUGACACAAGCAGCAUCACUCUCACAUUCCUAGCGUGGGAGCUUAGCAGGCCCGAGAAUAACAUAUGGCAAGCGCGGCUGAGGGAUGAGAUCGCGAACCUCGAUGACAAGCAUGAUGCCAAGGCCAUCGAUACACUCCCUAUUCUACAGGCAAUCUUGAUGGAGUCAUUGCGCCUCCAUGCCGCGAUACCUGGCAACCAGCCUCGCAUCACACCAGCGAAUGCGACUCUUGGCGCCUCACCAGACACAAUAUUCUCACAGCUUCCACCAGGUGUCCGGGUACAAUCACAGGCCUGGUCAUUGCACCGGCACCCAUCCGUCUUUCCUAAGCCAGAACACUGGGACCCUUCACGUUGGUUACCCGAGUCUUAUCCAUCACAAGACGCCUUCGAAGCAGCUCAAAAGGAAAUGUUACGCUGGUUUUGGGCUUUCGGUAGUGGGGGUAGGAUGUGCGUGGGAAGUAAUCUGGCAAUGUAUGAUAUGAAGGCUAUCAUUGUUGCCAUAUGGAGCAGCUUCGGUACGAAAGUAGCUGAAAGGGGAGGCGACGGGAUGGUGCAUCGGGGUGGUUAUGUGGCUGAGCCUGUUGGAAAAGACGGAAAGUUUUUGGAGCUUGCUCUUGAAGCUCUGUGA